UGAGCCGAGUGCCAGAAGUUUCAACCUCUUCAAUCAAUACUACAUUUUAUCUCAGUCUUUGCCUGUCAGACAUAUUGGCGCCAAAGAAGUUCGCCAUGAUUGAGAAAAAAGACUUUUUUCCGGGCUUCACCCCCUUGUCGGCGCAGGUUUACAUCCGCCACCCGGAUGCACAGAGCGAUGCUGUUGAGCGUCCAACUGAUCCCAGGGCCGUCCUCAUCUACUCAUGGGGUGAUGGACAGCCCAAGAACCUGAUCAAAUACGCCGAUGGAUACAGAGAUCUCUUCCCCUGCUCAACGCAGAUCGUCGUGCUGGCUCCCAUCUCCACAGCCAUGUGGUCAAACCUCGACCAACGCACACAGGCCAUGCGGCCUGUGAUUGAUGCCAUCUUUCCCAAGGCAUCCAACGACGACAGAGAGACUGAAAACAGGGAAGAUCGUGUGCUGGCACACAUCAUGUCCAACACCGGCGGCAUAAACUACGCUGCAACGCUGAAUGCCUAUCGUGCUGUUCAUGACAGACCAAUGCCGCAUCACCUUCUGGUCUUCGAUUCCACGCCUGGCAGUGUCAUCAUGACACGCGAAAACCUGGCUCGCUGGUCGCGGGCAAUGGCGCUGGGAACUGCAAACUGGUUCCCCUGGCCGUUUGCCGUGACACAAACCCUUUGGGCCGGCUUUCUCUGUGGAAAUCGCGUGCUCGAGUGGGCUAUCGGAAAGGAACCUGCCCCAGUCUUUAGCGUGAAAGCGAUUAUAGACCCGUAUUAUGAGACUAAAGAUACGCGGCAUUUAUACGUUUACAGCGAGGAUGACGACUUGAUUCCGUUCGAAGACAUAGAAGAGCAUAUUGCAGAAGCAAGAAAAAGAGGAUACAAGUCUGAUAACCACAUGUUCAAGGGAAGCGGGCAUGUGCGACAUAUGCAAAUGUUUACGGAAGAAUACUGGGGCGCUAUUCGAACGUCUUGGAAUAGAGCAACGAGCGAGCCUUCUGAUAGAGCGUAAAUGUCUCUGUCGAGUGUUAUAGACUUAAACAUGGAUAUGCGUUGUUUUAUAUAGAGUAACUUGCGUUGCAACUGCCUUUUCUGGCAUUAUACAUAAUUUCUAGAUAGAACUCCGUUUUUUAAUUGGCAUCUGUUGUUGUGGUUUCUUAAAUUGCCUUUAAUCUUGCUUUAAGCCUUCGCAUAGCGAAAAUAAAAAGAGCUCAUAUACUUUAUUUAUACUUAGUAUUAUAGCUAGG